UAGGCAAAGCAAGUUUGAAUACUUGGAGCUAUUUCCGCAGUUUGUCGAAUAGCAAUCGGAGACUAUAUAUACCAAGCCUGUCUUGGAAGAUCACUUGCCUCCCAACAGACACCACCUACCUCUACGUCGAUCCAGGAUGGCAACAACAGACCAGUCGCAGGAGUCAGUGACGCACCCGGUACCUCCAUUGCCGGAACCACCGCCAGCAACAUCCGACAAGGACACCACACUUCGUGAUGCUCGUAAAACACAAACGUCCAAGAGCAAGGCUUCCGACAGCCCUUGGGACAUCAUCGUUCAAUAUCCCACGCAGCCUCCAAAUCCCAACGAGCUGAAGUGGUGGAAGAAUAUCGCCCCGCUCAUGGGCCGCCUCCUCCAAGUCGCACAAUACCCUCUAUCGCAUCAGUACCAAUACCUCCUCUUCCUCCGCAAUCAGCUCGUACCCUUCCUAGGCCCGUACCCGCAUCAAUGGCGCAGCCUGCUAACCAUUACGGGCCACCCAUUCGAGAUGAGCCUCAAUUUCCAGGGCAAUGGCUCCGCGUCGACCGUGCGUCUUACCAUGGAACCCAUUGGACCGAUGACAGACACGGCCCAUGACCGCUUCAAUCAGGUGGCGGCCGCGCAAAUAUCCGCCCAGGUGGCAGCACAGGGGCUGAAGGCCUUCGACAUGGAGUUGCACCGGCAGAUCAUGGGCUACUUCGCCGUCUCCGGCGAGGAGGAGCAACGGCUCGUGCGCGACUACAUAUUCACGCCCCACUCGGUGCAAGGUACCUACUGCAUGGGGUUUGACUUCCUGCCGGCCGGUAUCAUCGCAGCCAAGGGCUAUGCGUUCCUGGGCGUCCGGUGGAAGCUCGCCCCGGCGGCGCUGGGAGCCACCGUUCUCGAGUGUCUGGAACGCAUGCACGCGCGAACCGGGACCGGGAAUGUGGCUGCGGCGCGAAUGGCGGUCGAGUAUCUAGAGGCCGGCAAUCAUUUCACGGAAUUCAACUUUCUGGGGUGGGAUUAUGCUGAUGCGGCGACGUCAAGGUUGAAGCUCUACGGGAUGUGUGGCGGCGAGAAGCCCCCAAGUCUGGAGAAGGCGGAGGAUGUGUGGACGCUGGGAGGGAAAGCGCAGGGGGAAUCGUGGUGUGAGAAGGGUCUCGAGCUGCUGCGUCGGCUGUGGGCGUAUCUGGUGGAAGAUGACGAGGCGGGAAUCUGCAGCUGUGGACGCCAUCUGGCUGGAAACUCGGAAGAGCAGCAGGAAACCCACCGGCAGAGUUGUUUGGCCAGGCAGCUCUUCGUGUUAGCUUGGAACUACGAGAUCCAUCCGGACCGCGAGACGCCUCUCCCCAAGAUGUACCUGUCGCUGCAUCGGAAGAACGACUUGUUUGCGGCUAGGGCUCUGGCCCGGUUUUUCCGGUCACUUGGUUGGGAGGAUAAGGCGAAUACUUACGUCAAUGACCUGCAGUAUGUUUUUGCGCAUGAGGAUCUGAGCCGAACCACUCGGAUCCACAGCAUCGUGUCCCUCGCGUAUCCGGAGGGGAAAGGAGCGUAUGUGAGCAUGUACUAUCAUUCCUGCUUGGAGUAUGGGACUUCUCUGUUCGAGUAGUACCUUCAUUGCUUGCGGAUUUGAGGAGGGAAAUGAAUAUGGCCGGGCGAGGCGAGCCGGAAGACUUCAAUGUAGUAGGUGUGAAGGGGUGCCCGGUGGUUACUGCCAGGUCUUCGAACACGGCAAAGUGGGCAAACACUCCAUACUUCCAGGUAUCUUCGGCUAGAGAGUAGUAGUACAGUGCUCGAGCAUAC